AUGACGCACUUCCGGCGCGUCGGCGGAUGCAAGCCGGAUGCGAAGAACCACAUAUCCCAGCAUGCCCAGGCGCGCCCUGAGAGGCCCCCCAACAGCACCUGCAGCUUUGGGGUCUCUGGCUGUCGCUUGUUUUCCCCGGAGUGUGCUCAUGGGAGCUUAGAAGACCCCAAAAGUGUCACCCAACACAAGCUGAUCCACGCUGCUUCCAAGCGGGUGCUGAGUGACGCCAAGACCAUCGCGGAGGAGAACGUCCAGGACCACGAUGUCCUGCUGUUGGUGAAAAAGCGAGCGCCAUCUCCGCUUCCUAAGAUGGCCGACGUCUCGGCCGAGGAAAAGAAAAAACAAGAGCAGAAAGCCCCCGACAGAGACGCGAUCGUCCGAGCCACAGCCGGCCUGCCCUCCUGCAACAUGGACCGGGCUGUGGUGCAGACCAGCCUCCGAGACUUCCAGACGGAGCUGCGGAAGAUCCUGCUGUCCCUCAUCGAGGUGGCGCAGAAGCUGCUGGCGCUGAGCCCCGGCGCCGUGGAGUUAUUUACAAAGGCCAAUGCGAUGCUGGAUGAGGACGAGGAGGAGCGGGUGGACGAGACGGCCCUGCGGCAGCUCACGGAGAUGGGCUUCCCCGAGAGCAGGGCCGUGAAGGCGCUUCGGCUGAACCACAUGUCGGUUCCUCAAGCCAUGGAGUGGCUGAUUGAGCACGCGGACGACCCCGCCAUAGACACGCCGCUUCCAGGCCACACCUCGCCGGGUACCACAGGGGCUGAAGCUUCGGCCGAGGCUGCUGCCGGCUCCAGCGAGGACGAUGAGGAGGCCAGAGAUGAGCUCACAGAAAUCUUCAAGAAGAUCCGAAGGAAAAGGGCAUUUCGGGCUGACGCUCGGGCCGUCAUUUCCCUCAUGGAGAUGGGCUUCGACGAGAAGGAGGUGAUGGACGCCCUGAGAGUGAGCAACAACCAGCAGAGCGCCGCUUGCGAGUGGCUGCUGGGGGACCGGAAGCCCUCCCCCGAGGAGCUGGACAAGGGCAUCGACCCCAACAGCCCCCUCUUCCAAGCCAUCCUGGAUAACCCCGUUGUGCAGCUGGGCCUCACCAACCCCAAAACACUGCUCGCGUUUGAGGACAUGCUCGAGAACCCCCUGAACAGCACCCAGUGGAUGAACGACCCAGAGACGGGGCCGGUCAUGCUGCAGAUCUCCAGGAUCUUCCAGACCAUGAACCGCACGUAGGCGGCGCCUGCAUCUCCACUGCCCCAGCGGCCCCGGGGAGGGGCCCUUUUAACUCUCAGCCAGUUGUGGACAGUGUGAAGACCCUGGCUCCGUGGGCUGAGAGGGGUGGGGCCAGGGCUGGAGGGGCUUCUGCCCUGCCCCC